AUGGGCGCCACACCGGUCGCAGCGAUACUACUUGUCCUGACCGCGGCGUCCCACGGCUUUCACACUGACGUUACUAGAAACACGUCACUCGGUCUAGUUAAGGGUAACCGGCUCGUGGUACUCGGUCGUCCAGUCGAGGAGUACCUCGGUAUCCCUUACGCCAAACCACCAAUAGGAGGACUCCGUUUCACGCCACCACGACCUGCUGAACCAUGGCAAGGUACUCUGGAUGCCAGGAGCAGAAAAACCGCGUGUCCUCAGGUGUUCACGAUGCCCCACGCUUUCGGUAACAUCGAACACACAGAAGACUGCCUACAUCUGAACGUGUGGAGUCCCCAGAACCGAACCCAAGAAGCCGCUCCUGUUCUAGCUUGGAUCCACGGCGGCGGUUUCAUGCAGGGAUCGUCUGGACAAAGCCUUUACAACGGCGCCGUGCUAGCCGCCAGGACUGGUCUGGUCAUCGUGGGCCUGAACUACCGUCUCGGAAUUCUCGGCUUCCUGGACGCCAACACGACGCAAGCGCCAGGCAACGUUGGCCUCAUGGACCAGAACAUGGCCCUCAAGUGGAUCCGCGACCACAUCGGACGCUUCGGCGGCGACCCUUUGAAAGUGACCAUUUUCGGCGAGAGUUCGGGCGCUAUGAGUGCCCACGCGCACGUCAUCUCCCCAGUGAGCCGUGGAUUAUUCCUAAGAGCGUGUCUAAUGAGCGGUACUCUACAGGGUCAAGGUUUCUAUCAGACAGUGAACGAGAGCAUGAGCAAGGGAAAUACUAUCGCCGUAGCACUCGGCUGCUCAGACAACGAGACGAACAUGUUUACAGAUCCAGAUACAGUCGUCGCGUGCUUGCGCUCCAAAAACCCCUUCGAACUCGCUCGUUUAGCGAGCACGAUAUUCAAGCCCAAGAUAUUCCCUUUCCUGCCAACUUUUCCUAACAAAUUCUUCCCCGUGGAACCCCGCCGAGCCGUCAAACAAGGAUCCUUCAACGCAGCCGAUCUCUUCGUCGGAGUCACUUCAGACGAAGGGGCGAUAGCCCUCAUGUUCCCCAUCAGCAACGAAAUCAUCCCACGCGAAUUCCACGGCGGCCUCACUGGAACCCAAUUCGAAAGCUCAGUACGUGAACGCGUGUUCGCGUGGCUGAAGGCGGAUUUCGCCAGACCGUUGGACGCGUACAUACCCAAGAAGAAUGACAGUCAGUCUCUGAGACGCGGUUAUGUGGACUACCUAACGGACUCUCUGUUCGUUUGUCCCAUGCACCUUACCGCGGAGGAAAUUUCCAGCAAGGAACACUCUGUGUACACCUAUGUAUUUGGCCACCGGUCCAAGAAGAGUACGCUCCCACCCUGGAUGGGAACUCCUCACGGCUGGGAUGUCAGCUACACAUUUGGGAUGCCCCUUGUAAACCAAGAGCGUUUCAAUGCUCAAGACAUGAAUGUCUCGGAAGUGGUGAUCACGGCUGUGUCGACGUUCGCUUCAACAGGAACAGAGGAUCCUGGAAAGAUGGGUGGAUCUGUGACCCCUAUUCUGCUACUCUUCAUCACGGCGUCCUGUGGCUUUGCCUCUGAUGUUGUGAAAAACACACGGUUGGGCUGGAUCAAGGGCAACCGUCUUGAAAUACUAGGUCGCGCAGUGGACGAGUUCCGCGGGAUACCGUACGCGCAGCCUCCCUUGGAUGCGUUACGUUUCAGGCCGCCGCGACCAUAUGGACCAUGGAAUGGCACACUGGACGCCAGAAGCAAAAGGACCGCGUGUCCGCAGGUCGUGUCAAAUCCCAAAGCCUUUGCAAGCGUCCAGCUCACGGAAGACUGUCUGCAGCUAAACAUAUGGAGCCCGCAAGAGCGCGCCGGAGGCACCGUUCCUGUGCUUGUUUGGAUCCAUGGCGGUGGAUUCACGCAUGGCUCAUCUGCUCAGGACGUGUGCAACGGUGUCGUUCUUGCAGCGAGAACGGGUCUCGUAGUAGCGAGCUUCAACUAUCGACUCGGGUUCUUGGGCUUCCUGGACGCGCAGUUCCCAGAAGCUCCAGGCAAUGUAGGUCUACUGGACCAAAACUUGGCCCUGAAUUGGAUCCGCGGUAAUAUUGACCAGUACGGCGGGGACCCUUCGAGAGUGACCAUUUUCGGCGACAGCGCCGGCGGUAUGAGCGUUCACGGCCAUGUGAUCUCACCCUUGAGCAACGGUCUCUUCGCCAGAGCAUGUCUGAUGAGCGGAACUCUGCACGGUCGCGACUUUAUUGAGCCAUCAAGUGAUAGUAUAAGUAAGGGAGACCUCGUCGCCAAAGCAGUGGACUGUGCAGAUAGUGAGCGAAAUUUGACCACAGACCCGGAAUACGUUCUUGAGUGCCUCCGCUCUAAGAACGCCUCUGAGCUCGUACGUGUCACGAACACUGUCCUAAGUCCCAAGUUCUUUCCGUUUCUACCUACCUUUCCCAACGAUUUUCUUCCCAUGGAUCCGAGCGCGGCGGUCAAACAAGGACUGUUCAACGCAGCCGACCUCAUGGCCGGAGUGACCUCCGACGAGGGAGCAACGGCUUUGAGAUCCCUCCCGAACAACCUCGACCACUUCGAUCGUAAGAGAUUGGAGCAAACGUUGCAUUUUCUAAUCUUCCCCUGGCUCAAGACGAAUUUUUCGAAACCACUGGACGUGUACAAAGCCGAGGCUUUUGACAAUGAAUUGCUAAGGCGUGCCUAUACCGACUACCUAUCCGACUCUGUAUUCUUUUGUCCCAUGCACUUCACGGCUGCGGAACAUUCGAACAGGAAUCAGUCGGUGUUCACCUACGUGUUCGGUCACCAGUCCAGGAAGAAUCCGCUUCCGUCGUGGAUGGGGACACCUCACAGCUACGACGUUAACUACAUGUUGGGUAGACCUCUUGUCGACCAAAGGAAUUACACUGCUGAAGAUGCCCGCGUGUCAGAGUUGGAUAUCACGGCUUUGUCGACGUUCGCUUCAACCGGGGUGCCGAAGCUUCCAGGAGACCAACCGUGGCCCAAGUACACGUCUGACAACAAGGUUUCAGUAUAUAUUUCUGGCAACAACGUUACGGACAUCCGCGACUUUCACAUGGAAAAGUGUGAAGUCUGGAAGAAAUUCUGGAAAAUGUAAACGCCAUCAAUACGCAACAGAACGCUUGU